CAGCAAGUGAAACUUGUUAAACAGGCUGUUGUGUUUUAUAAGAAUCAGGACGACCUAAAAUUCAUGCAGUAGAAUCUGAAGUCUCUGCGUUGUUUGUACUUAUUUCACUUACAAGGUUUCUCAAUAGCCUCACAACCAUUUUUAUGAAGCAAAGAGUAUGCAACGAUGAACGACCAUCGCAUGUGCGGCAGCCGAUGUCUGGGUCCAAUGACCUUCCACAUGGAAAUGAGAGGCCAAUGCGUGACCCUUAGCCAAGAAAGGAGACUUGCAUCCAGAGACGCCUCGUCCUUUAUGAACGGUUUGGCUUUUCUGAGCCGCCCCGUUAAACUCGACGAAAAGAUGUAUGUACGAAUCGAACAGUGCUCCUCGAGUUGGGACGGUGCUCUCCGUGUAGGAUUCACCAACAUCUGUCCAAAUACGCACAGUAUGCCACCUUCUUCCAUACCAGAGCUGAGGGAUACGCCCGGCUAUUGUGUGCUGCCUGUGCCUGAGGGUUUAUGUGGGCGCAGUGCAGAGAUUCAGUUCUGGAUCAACCAUGCAAGCCUGGUUCUCGUCCAAGGCAUGACUGGAGAGAGAUUUUACGUUAAAGCAAAGGGACUUAAUCUGAAUAAACCACUUUGGGCUUUCAUCGACCUGUAUGGGAGCACAAGCACCGUGCGCCUUUUGGGCUCAAGAAGAGGCAGGAGGACAUCGUGCCCAGAUUGUCCUAAGUUAGACAAUGUAUCUGACAUCAAUUGGAUUGGUGAGAAUCAAGUUUCAAAGAAAGACCAAGACGAUACCGAUCUCAGUUUCUCAGGAAUUAACCACCACAACAACGAAACAGCAAUACACAGGACAUCAUCUUGUUGGAAACCGAGUCUCUUUCUCUUACAGUACGCCGGUCAGAAAACCGUCCCGAGCCCUACAGAACGAACCGAACUCACAAGAGCAGGCUUAGGAAUACCGGUUCAUGAAUCAGACACAGGGGUUGAUCUAAACCGGACCUGGAGAGAGCUGAAUCACUUCAUUUGCUCCAGCUAUCCAUCCAUCCAUCUGGAUUCGAUCGGUUUCAGUGCCGCCAAGGCUGACAAAUACGGGAGACUUUGGCGAAUACAUGCCAGUACUGUGAAGAAACUGAAGAAACAGCUGGGGGAGAACGUGCUUUAUAUAAUACCUGAUAAUGACAUUGUUUCAAAUGAGAUGAUCACACACACAUUAUCAUCAAUCCUCAAUAGAAAUUCGUCAUCAUCAGACACUGCUCCGCAUCUUCGUUUUCAACGCAGACAUCGACUGACUUCAACCGACAGCAGUUUUUCUGAUGCAAGCCCAAACUCUUCAAUGGAGGAUGUGGAUGUUGGAUCUUUGCUCAGAGAAUUUCAACAAAGCCAUCUUUCCCCCAAAGAGCAAGUUUCAAUAUUGGUUCAUCGAAACAAGGUACUGCAGAGUGCUAAGGAGGCCAUCUCCAACAGCAAUUUCUCCUGGACCAAAACCCCUCUGGUGACAUUUGUUGGCGAGGAGGCACUCGACUGCGGAGGUCCACGGAGGGAGUUUUUUAGACUCCUGAUGAUGGAGGUGCAAAGCUCUCUGGGUAUCUUCGAGGGCAAACCUGGACAAUUGUUCUUCACUUAUGACCAGAUGGCCCUGGAGCAGCACAAGUACGAGUUAGCUGGGAAGCUCAUUGCAUGGUCUGUGGCUCAUGGUGGACCAGGAUUCAAGGCGCUUGAUCCCUGUCUCUACCAGCUGAUGUGUAUCCAAGAGUGUCCACUGGAAAACUUCGACUGGUGCCUGAUACCAGAUGCUGACAUUCAGAGGAAAUUACAAAAGAUUUUGUCAUGUAAAACGACAGCAGACCUCCAUAGGCUGCAGAGAGAAGAGGGAGACUGGAUUUGCGAGUGUGGCAUUCCUGGAAUUUACAGACCUGAUAUUUCCAUUCGAGAUCUACCAAAAAUUUACUCCUGCGCUGUUCGACAUUACAUAUAUCUCAGAACCUCUAAAAUGAUUCAUCAGUUUACAAAGGGACUGAAUGCUUAUGGACAGUUUUGGGAUUUGGUUAAAUCUUACUGGGCUGACUUCUUGCUCAUCUUUACCAACAUGCAUGAACCGAUAUCAAGAAGCACCUUCAGGAGCCUGUUUCAGAUAGACUGGAGUAAAGCAACGUCCCACAGGAGGAUGGCUGAGGAGGAAACUAUUAAGUGCUGGGAAUUACUACUUAAGAUGAUUGAGGACAAAAAAACAAAGUUACAGUUUGAGGAGCUUUUGGUUUUCGUAACUGGAGCAGAUGAGAUCCCGCCACUGGGGUUCCCCCAAAAGCCCAGCAUUCACUUCUACCAUCCAGAGAAGCGUGGAUGUCGCUUACCGUAUGCUAACACAUGCACAAUGGGAUUGUUCCUUCCCAGAGGAGUAAAAGAUGAAGUGGAGCUUCAGCGAAUGCUCAUGAGAGCAAUCAAAGACUCAGGGGAAUUCGGGAGAACAUAAAAGUUUAUGGAGGAAAUCCGUUUAUUCAUAAUUACACCCAUAAGCUUUUUAUGGUUUCAUUUAUUAAGCUAAUUACUGUACAGUGACCUUUCUUUGAUAAACUUUGCUUUUGUUUUGCACAACAUGUCUGCCCAAAUUCAUAGCAUUAAUUGUUGUCAGUCAUGUUGAAGUGGCAUCAUUUUAUAGGCCUUAACUAUAUGAAAUAUGUUAAUACUUCAAAUACAAUGUUAUCUAUUUAAAGAAUAAGCUAUUAUUUCAUUACUGUAAAGUGACUUGUAUAUGCUAUAUUUUAUACAUA